CAAAGAAAGAGAAACAAAGAAGAAAGGGGUUGGGAGAAGCAGCGGGAUGCAGUGAGCAGCAAUCAAACUCAGCCACAGCCAGUGCAUCGCUUAGGUUCUUAUUGCUGAGAGAAUCACAGCUCAACUCUGCACAGCUUCCCAGACAGCUCAAGCAAUAAGAAGAAAGACACAUACAAUCCCUACAUCCUGAUGAUCCUGGCUAUGUCCAAGCUUUGCUAGAAGACACAAGGCACGGAGAGAUGUAUUUUUCCAAUUUAUCAACAGUCUGGAGCGCAUGGAUGCUGAACAAGACAAGAAGUUUAUGGAGGCAGAAUAAGACCUACUAGAUGCCUAAUCCUUGUAUAUUACUUGGUAGCUGUCCCUAUUCUGCGCUGCUUUUACUCUCUAGUCUCCAAAGACCAUAUAAAUGAUUCAAUUUUCAGAAAUUAAUUGGAGCUAAUGCCUUAACAUUUGUUCUUCUAGAGCUACUGACAUGACUUGAAUUGGGUUCAAUAUGUUUUGGAGCUGGAAGUCACAGUAGGGGUCUCUAAUGAUUACCUGGCACUGAUAGGUCACCAGCUGAAGCAUUUAAAUGGAUGUACUUUGAUGAAAGGGAUUUCUCCAUUAUUUGUACUCUGCACUAUCUAUUUAUUUGAAUUCUGGAUAAAAUAAAGGGAUAUUUGUUAUUUAAGGGAAUAGAGCACAUGUUUUUCGUAGUUUAAUAUAAUUACAGAAUGAGGAUGCACCUGCAAAAGAAGAUUGUGGGAAAACUGUGAUGCUGGCUUGAUUAGUAUCUUGUAAGGAUUUUUUGUGAUCUGCUUUCCACAUUUGCGAGGAUUCAGCACUGAUAUAUUCAGAAAUUUUUAAGUUUUAUUCUUUGCUUGAAUUGUAAUCACCUUUCUUCACUCCAGGAUGAAGUCUGUUUUCUAUAGUCGCUUCUUCAUUCUUCUUCCUUGGGUAUUGAUUGUUGUUAUUAUUAUUGAUAUUGAUACAAGGAAACCAUCCAGCUCCAGCAGAGUACCCACCACCCGCUACUACUCUCCGUACUGGAGACGCAGGAUUGGCCGUGCAGCUUUGAUGCGACCCCAGCCAAGUGACACCAGUAUGGGUACAUGGACAACUAAUCAGGAGCACCCAACCAGUCUUGAAAAUCACAGGGGGAAGAAUGACUCUCUUCCCAUUAUAUAUGCCAUCACCCCCACAUACAGCCGACCUGUUCAAAAGGCAGAACUAACUCGACUGGCUAACACAUUCCGUCAGGUGCCUCGAUUACACUGGAUUGUAGUAGAGGACUCUGCUCAGCCAACAGAUUUGGUAAGGCGCUUCUUGGCCAGGGCAGGUGUAAGGGCCACCCAUCUACAUGUUCCAACACCACGGAGGUACAAAAGAUCUGGUUUACCUCGAGCUACUGAACAAAGGAAUGCAGGAUUAGCUUGGCUACGACAGCAGUACCAACCACAGAGGUCAACAGUCCAGUCAACUUUACCACAGGAGUACCCCACAGGUGUUGUCUUCUUUGCAGAUGAUGACAACACUUAUAGUCUGGAGCUUUUCCAGGAGAUGCGUACAACUCAAAAGGUCUCAGUGUGGCCAGUUGGCCUUGUUGGAGGAAGACGAUAUGAACGGCCAGUUGUAGAAAAAGGGAAGGUUGUGGGCUGGUACACCGGAUGGAGAGCAGACAGACCAUUUGCCAUUGACAUGGCUGGAUUUGCCGUCAACCUUCACGUGAUUCUUUCAAGCCCCAAAGCAGUAUUCAAGCGACGAGGUUCUCAGCCAGGAAUGCAAGAAUCUGAUUUUUUAAAGCAGAUUACCAAGGUGGAAGAACUUGAGCCAAAAGCCGACAACUGCACAAAGGUUCUAGUGUGGCAUACACGAACAGAAAAGGUAAAUCUAGCUAAUGAGCCCAAACAUCCUCAGGAUACAAUGAAAAUUGAGGUAUGAUAGUCAAUGUCAUCACAUGGAAUCCUGAAAAGUGGACACCAUAUGGAUCCUUAGAUGUGGACCUCAAAAGAUGAUAAAGGAGCUGCCAUUCCUUCACCCAUAUUGAUCAUGAGUUGGCCUUCAGCCAAAGCUUCAAGUCACUGGAAUACAGAGAACUACAAACACUGCACAUUUAACCAGAGAAACUACUGGGCCCCAGACUCCAGGUGCUGAGACAGCACCAUGCACUU